UAAUUAUUUCAUAAAUUAAAUAAAAAAUAAUUUACAUUUACUUGAACAAUCAGCGGCGAGAGAGAUUUCUUGCUUCCCGGAGAUUUCUGCACAUUCUGCCAAUCACUGGAGGAAAACUUUGCUUUCCGGAUUCGGAAACGCGAUGCCGAGGUUAGGGCAUCACCGGCUUCAUGGAAAGCCUGGAGGACUGGGGACGAAGGGAAUGGUGGCGAAGCUGUCGAUCGGAAUACUCGUUCUACUGAUCUGCACGCUCUCUCUGCUUUUCUCAGCUACAAUUGGAGGUAACCGCGAGCCAACUGGUCCAUCCGAGAUUAAUGUGGAAAGGCUCUGGGAGAGUGCCGAGUCUGGUGGGUGGAGACCAUCAUCUGCUCCGCGAUCUGAUUGGCACCCUCCUCCAAAGGAGACAAACGGUUAUCUUCGUGUUCGUUGUAAUGGUGGCUUAAAUCAGCAACGCAGUGCGAUAUGUAAUGCAGUCCUUGCUGCGCGAAUCAUGAAUGCUACACUUGUGCUGCCUGAGUUGGAUGCGAACUCCUUUUGGCAUGAUGACAGUGGUUUCCAAGGUAUCUAUGAUGUUGAACAUUUUCUUGAGACACUGAAGUAUGAUGUAAGGAUUGUGGAAAAGAUCCCUGAAGUUCACAAAAAUGGGAAAACCAAGAAGAUAAAAGCUUUUCAGAUCCGUCCCCCUCGAGACGCUCCUAUUGAAUGGUACCUGACAACUGCUCUUAAGGCAAUGAAGGAACAUGGCGCUAUAUAUCUCACGCCUUUUUCGCAUCGGCUGGCUGAAGAAAUUGACUAUCCAGAAUAUCAACGAUUAAGAUGCAGAGUCAACUACCAUGCUUUGAGAUUCAAGCCGCACAUCAUGAAGUUGAGCGAAUCAAUCAUUGACAAACUCCGCUCACAGGGUCACUUCAUGUCAAUUCACCUUCGUUUUGAAAUGGAUAUGUUGGCCUUUGCUGGGUGCUUUGACAUAUUCAACCCUGGAGAGCAGAAAAUACUUAGGAAGUAUCGUAAAGAAAAUUUUGCAGAGAAAAGGCUUGUUUACAACGAAAGACGGGCCAUCGGGAAGUGUCCGCUGACUCCAGAGGAGGUAGGUCUUAUAUUACGGGCAAUGGGUUUCGACAAUUCCACAAGGAUAUACCUAGCAGCUGGAGAACUUUUCGGUGGGGAGCGAUUUAUGAAACCAUUCCGAACCUUAUUCCCUCGGCUCGAUAACCACAGCUCAGUGGACCCGUCAGAGGAGCUGUCAGCAAACACACGAGGCUUAAUAGGAUCAGCUGUGGAUUACAUGGUCUGUCUUCUCUCCGACAUCUUCAUGCCAACGUAUGAUGGACCGAGCAACUUUGCCAACAAUCUCCUCGGUCACAGGCUUUACUACGGGUUCCGUACUACAGUAAGGCCCGACAGAAAAGCUCUAGCUCCGGUUUUCAUCGAUAGAGAGAAGGGGAAAAGGGCUGGAUUCGAAGAAGCGGUGAGGCGGGUCAUGCUGAAAACAAAUUUCGGGGGGCCUCACAAACGUAUACCUCCCGAGUCGUUUUAUACAAAUUCAUGGCCGGAAUGCUUCUGCCAGACAAACCCGAGGAGCCCGGCUGAUAAAUGUCCGCCAGAUGAUGUCAUGGAGAUUCUAAGCAGCCGGUUAGAUGGCGUAAGAACUGAUGACAACAGAGAUUCAUUGUCUCAGGCAAAUUCAACGGUGACCGAAUCAGGAAGAUGAGAGAGAGAGGAUCUAACCAAAAGGCUCCGGCUUCAUGAUCGCUCGGCGACAAAGAGCCGAAGACGUGGUAGUGGUGACCGUCUCAAAAUUGUGUCGGCGGUUCAUCUGGUUAGAUCACGAGCUCUCAUACAAUUUUUCCGUGUUCUUUUUUAUUCGCGUUUCUUGAAAUAGAGAGGUGUUUAGUUAUAUUCGCAAUGGGACAGGAACGUGUCCGAGAGAAGAAAAAAAAAAACCCAUGUAUUUCCAUAUUUACCCUUAAUCCCAAAGAUACGAUUUUUACGUACA